AUGGCUAGUAAAGCCGCCACCAAGCGUUUGACACGCGAAUACAAAACCAUCUCUGAGAACCCCCCUCCUUAUAUCGUUGCCCAUCCUUCCGAAUCAAACAUCCUGGAAUGGCACUAUAUUAUCACCGGCCCUGAGGAAACACCGUAUCAUGGCGGCCAGUACUGGGGUACUCUCAUGUUCCCCCCGAACUAUCCAUUUGCCCCUCCCGCCAUUCGCAUGCACACACCCUCCGGCCGAUUCCAAUCCUCAACGCGACUAUGUCUCUCGAUUUCCGAUUUCCACCCAAAGUCUUUCAACCCGGCAUGGGAAGUCUCGACCAUUCUGAUUGGACUACUGUCAUUCAUGACAAGUGAAGAAAUGACGACUGGUUCCGUUUCUUGCACAGCCGCCGAGCGAAAACUACUUGCUGCUAAAACGCGUUGGUGGAACUCGACUGGCGGUGGCUCUAAUACGAAGAGCAACCCAGCGAACAAAGGUAAUGUCAAGGCUGGUGAUGGCGGCGCCAAGUUCCGGGCAGAAUGGCCCGAGGUUGAUAUUGAGAACUGGGAGUGGAUGACCAAGAACAAGGUUGACCCUUUCACGGGCAACCGAUUAGAUACCGAUAACAAUGGAUCUUGUCGACCUCAGCUGGGCAUCUCAGGGACCAGCGGACAUCAAACACAGGCCGUUGUCGAUGUUGUUAACCAACAAAGAGAUGCGAGCACAGGAUGGAUAUACCGCAACAAACUCCUUGUUGCCGGUGCGGCCAUCUUCUUUUACGUUCUUGUCGCCAGGAUCAUUGCCGGCGACGAGUAA